CUCGCGCCCUACUCCGGUCCCGUCAUCGUUUAUCCUCUUCCUCCACCUCUCUGUAAGGGAAAGGAGUUAAUGUGAGUCUGGACAUUGCUGAUGGGACGACUUAAUACAGUUUAAUUGUGGAUCUGUUGUCAAUCCUCAAAUAAUGACUGGGAACCGUCGAGCUGCCUCACCGGGCACCCCCGCUACCCCAACCCACCUGCCAAAUGCAACAACCACCCCACGCCAAAAACAAUCUGGAGACCACAACAAGUUCAUGAGUGAGCUGCACAGCGUCCACAUGCCAUCAUGGGCUGCUGCUGCCCUUUGCAUCGUGAGUUUGUGCGUGGUGCUGUCGUGUGCUCUGUGUGUGUGGAAGAAGUGCUUGAAAAAGAAGGACAAGGACAAAGAAAAGGACAAGAAAAAGGGGAAAGAGAAGAGCAACGGAGGCAUUGACACUGAAAUGGAUGGAGGUUACAGUGAGCCGCUGAAAGAGGAAGUUAACAAAGAAACAGAGCUGUCAGAUAAUGAGCCCAAGGAGGAGGAGAAGCUGGGCCGGCUGCAUUUCACAUUAGACUACAACUUCACAGAUAAUACGCUGAUAGUCGGCAUCUUGCAGGCUGCUGAACUUCCUGCAAUGGAUGUUGGCGGUAGCUCUGACCCUUACGUUAAACUCUAUCUGCUCCCGGACAAAAAGAAAAAGUUUGAAACUAAAGUUCACAGGAAGACCCUUGAACCCAACUUCAAUGAGACUUUCACAUUUAAGAUACCGUACACCGAGCUGGGCGGGAAGACACUGGUGAUGACUGUGUACGACUUUGACCGUUUCUCAAAACACGAUGCCAUUGGAGCUGUGAAGAUACUGAUGAGCAGCAUUGACUUCAGUCAGUCUCUGCAGGAGUGGAGGGAUCUGCAGAAGGCAGAGAAAGAGGAGAGUGAGCGGCUUGGAGACGUAUGCUUGUCCUUGAGGUAUGUGCCUACUGCAGGGAAGCUGACAUUGGUGAUUUUGGAGGCGAAAAACCUGAAGAAAAUGGAUGUGGGUGGAUUAUCAGACCCUUAUGUGAAGAUCCACUUAAUGCAGAAUGGGAAGAGACUCAAGAAAAAGAAAACAACGAUAAAGAAGAACACUUUAAACCCUUACUACAACGAGUCUUUCAGCUUUGAAGUGACUGGUGAACAGAUAGAGAAGGUGCAGGUAGCAGUGACUGUGUUGGACUAUGAUAAGAUUGGGAAGAAUGAUGCCAUCGGGAAGUUGCUGCUGGGCAAUAACAGCACUGGGACUGAGCAACGCCACUGGGAAGACAUGCUGGCAAACCCCCGAAGGCCAAUAGCCCAGUGGCAUAGUCUCAAACCAGAGGAUGAAAUCAACCCGCUAAUUUCAAAGAAGAAAUGAAACCGGGACCUCUGGUUUGGUGGGCUAUGACCUUAGACAUACCUCAACUACCUCCAAUUUACGUUCCUUCCUCUCCCUUAAUUCCCCUAAAAACUCUUUAAGCUAUUUAACUACGUAAAUCUACCCAAUAAUACCCUGUUCUACCCUUGACACCAUCCGAGUCACUCUUAUGGACUUGAAACCUUCUUCCUUCAGUAAUUCCCUCCUCCUGCUUCUACCUAAACUCCUACAAAGAGUUUUAAACAAAUAUGUAUCACUAUGUACAGUGCUAUUAAACAAGAUGAGAUUUUUUA